AUGGCACCAUCCCAACAACUUCCUAAAAACUGGCCUUCUCACAUCCCAUAUCUCACGACCCCGACCUAUUGCGCAACACUUAACUCCUCACACCUAAAAGUACUUCGCACACAAACUCCCGAUGGCAUCCCUAUUCCACCCUCACAUGCAAAGGGCCCCUCUCCUCUCGUCAAGAUUACGCCUAUUAACGAUCCAUCCCAUCCUGCGAACGGACAGUGUGGAUUAUUCGCCACUAGGGACUUGAAACCCGGAACAUUUAUCUUGCAAUACAUUGGCGAAGUUCACGCGCCAAAUGAAUCGACCGAUGAGAGGAUCAGGAAAAUGGUAGAAGUACAUGAGAAAAGCGAUUAUGAUUUGAGUUUGGAUAGAGACACGGGAAUUGGGGUUGAUGCACAGCGGAAAGGGAAUGAGGCGAGAUUUAUUAAUGAUUUUAGGGGGGUGAGUAUUGGUGGGGAGAGAGCGAGAGUUAAUGCGGAGUUUAAGGAGGUUUGGGAUACGGGAAGGGGGGAGAGGGGUAUGGGGGUUUGGGUGCUGGGAGAGAAGGCUGGUGGUGGGAAGGGGAAGGGGGUGGGGAGGUGGAGGGGGAUUAGGAAGGGAGAGGAGAUUUUGGUUAGUUAUGGGAGGGGGUUUUGGGGAGCGAGGAAGGGGGAGGAGGAGUGGGGAGAGAGUUGUGAAUGGGUUGGUUUGGGAGGGAGAGGAGUGGAAGAGGAGAAUUUUUGGUCACAUUCUAGUGAUCUUGAACGGUUAAACGAUUCCGUUAACGAAGGUCAAUUCAUAGAACCGAGUUAG